AUGGGUAAUAGACAAUCACAAAGACAGCACCAAGGUGCAAGUGGUCAUCGACCUCAUCCGCACAAAUUGACCAACAAAUCGGUCAGUGAAAUUCGUCUCGCAAGUGUUCAUGAUAAGAGUUUUUCAAGUUCCCUCUCAGAUUCUCUUGACUUUACACACAUGUUCUCCAUGGGUCAGAAUGAUAAAGGUCAAUUGGGUAGAGGUAUAAUGAGUAAGGAUGAUAUUGAAUCAUAUCCAUUGGGUCCAAUAUUGGAGCUUCAUAAACAAGAAAGUGCAUCACACACCGAAGAAGAACAAUUAGAAAUCAAUUCUCGUGUGCUCAAAGAUAUUAAAUUUGUAGCUACAGGUCGUAGCCACUUACUCAUGGCCACACAUUGCAACAAGUUAUAUGGAAUGGGAUUUAAUAACUACUCACAACUAGGAUUUCCUCAAGACGAAGAGAACAUUCCAAGACUGAGAGAGAUUACACUCCCUGAAAGUGUGACAACCAUUGAUGGUGUCGCUGCAGGUUGGUUCCACUCCAUUGUCGUGUGUGACCAGAAUAAGAUCUUUGCUGCUGGUCAUUCAUUCUUUGAUCAAACCUUUGAUGUCAAGAUGGAGCCCAAUUUUCAGAGAUCCAUUCGAAUGGAUUUUUUACAGAGAGAUAAAUCCAAAGUCACUACCGUGAGUGCAACGACCUUCUCAUCAAGCUUAGUGGUCGACAAUUGGAAAAUCUAUGCUUGUGGUGAAAUGAAUGCAAAUUCAAAUCCAACCAAUUAUUUAGUACCUGGAUGUGAAGUAUUCAAACGAGAGGUCAUCAAAAAGUUUAAACAUGCUGAUAAGGGUCUCGUGGCAUUGUGUGAAAAUGGACGAGUCUAUUUUGCAACCAAAGAAAGACCAUUCCAUAUACUCAUGGAAAAUAUUCAUUCCAUUACACCCUCACACAUGUAUGAAACCACUUAUACAUUGGAAGAGAGAUCAACAAUUUUGAGUGAAUGUGAUUUGGCUCCAUACACGAAACGAAGUAAUAUCAAUGUGGCUGCAUUUAUUGAAAAAUACGGAAUGGAUAAUGUGCAACUCUAUUGUGGAUAUUGUUUCUAUUAUUUAGUUGUCAAUAAGAAGAGGGUUUACACAAUUAAUGGAAGCGAAUUGAAUGAAGUUCUUAAUUUGGAAGGAAUCUCUACAAGUAUCAACAUUAAGGAAGUUGUUGCCACAUCAGAUUGCUCCUACUUUAUAUUUGAACGAUGUUUAUUUACAGCUGCGGAGCUUUUGAUGAAAUCUAGAUUGAAAGAAAAUGAGAAAUUUGCAGAUAUUGAGAUUGUCGCCACCUGUGACAGCAUGUAA